UUCGCUGGAUCCUCUUGCGUGGCCGGCGUGGACUCCUGCCGGAAGCAGCUGUGGAGCAGCAGGUGGAGUCCGAAGCCGAGGUGCAGCAGGCAUGGCAGACCCAUCAGAGGGUACUCGCAUCCUGGUCACUGGGGGCUCUGGCCUAGUGGGGCAGGCCAUACAGAGAGUGGUGGCGGACGGUGCCAGCCAGCCUGGGGAACAGUGGAUAUUUGUCUCCUCCAAGGAUGCAGACCUAAUGGACACAGCCCAGACCCGAGCCCUGUUUGAGAAGCACCGGCCUACACAUGUCAUCCAUUUGGCAGCCAUGGUGGGUGGCCUCUUCCGGAACAUCAAGUAUAACCUGGACUUCUGGAGGAAGAACAUUCAGAUCAACGACAACGUCCUGCACUCAGCCUAUGAGGUGGGCACCCAGAAGGUCGUCUCCUGCCUCUCCACCUGCAUCUUCCCUGACAAGACCUCCUAUCCUAUCGACGAGACCAUGAUUCACAACGGACCCCCACACAAUAGCAACUUCGGCUACUCCUAUGCCAAGCGCAUGAUCGACGUGCAGAACAGGGCUUACUUCCAGCAGUACGGCUGUACCUUUACUGCUGUCAUCCCCACAAACGUCUUUGGACCCCAUGACAACUUCAACAUUGAAGAUGGCCAUGUGCUUCCCGGCCUCAUCCACAAAGUCUACCUCGCAAAGCUCAGUGGCUCCGCUCUGACAGUGUGGGGCACCGGGAAGCCUCGAAGGCAGUUCAUCUACUCCUUGGACCUGGCCCGCCUCUUCCUCUGGGUCCUUCGGGAGUACAAUGAGGUGGAUCCUAUCAUCCUGUCAGUGGGUGAAGAGGAUGAAGUGUCCAUCAAAGAGGCAGCAGAGACCAUUGUGGAGGCCAUGGGCUUCCAAGGGGAGCUGACUUUUGACACAACCAAGUCCGAUGGGCAGUUCAAGAAGACGGCCAGCAACAAGAAGUUGAGGACCUACCUCCCAGACUUCCAGUUUACACCCUUCAAACAAGCUGUAAAGGAGACAUGUGCCUGGUUUGAAAACAACUAUGAGCAAGCCAGGAAGUGAUCCCAGAACACAAGGAAGAGGCUGCUGACACCCAAAUCCCAGGAGGACAGUAUGGACUGGAAGGAGAGGCUUGGCUGGUGGAAGCUGAGAUAGAUGCCCUUCUGCCUUCUCCAGGCCCAGGCCCUCAGUCUCCAUAAAGGCUGGCUUAAAGACCUAGUGAGUCUCAGUUGAGCAUCUGGCCUUCCUUUGUCUCUGUUCCUGACCUAGUCGCUACAGCUCAACCUCAGGGUGGACACAGGGUUCCCUGUUCCUGCCAGGCUGGCUCCUGAAAGUCCACCUUUGCUACCCUCAGGGAAAACUCCCCAUACCUAGAGCCUGGGAAACCUGGCUACCCCUUUAUACUCUUAAUCACUGACUACCUGGGUUCCCUAUCCUUUCUGAUCAUUCUCUGGAAAUUCAAAUAAAAUACAUUUUCACA